UAAUAAAUGCAACCAACCCAAUCCCUUCUUCAUGCGCAAUGCAAAUGACAAAAAGGCCAAAGUAAUGAUCCAAAAACGAGAACUUUUUAAACAACGAUGGCAAUCUGCAAACAGCCGAUGAGAAAUUCUCACUGAUUUUUUUUUUCUUCCUCUUCUGAAAAACUAUUUUUUUAAUGGGUUUAAGUUUAAAAGGAAAAUUGGGUUAGGUCCCUACAGCGACGAGGCAGCACAGAGCAUCUUGUUAAGCACUUUUGUAAGCUAAAGCUCAAACCUUGGUCUUUUCGGCGUCGCCGGCGACAAGCUACGGAGGUUGGGUGAAUCGUAGAAGGAAGUUGGAACUUAUUUUCAAUGCUAAGCAGGUGAUCUCUGUAUCACUUGGUACUCGGUUCCUGUUCUGUUAUGGAGUUCCGGUUUCAUAAAUUAUGCCAAAUUAAAACUCGAAGAUGGCUUCUUGUAGUGGGGGCAGUAGCUAUAACUCAUACAUUGUUUCAAUCUCUAUUGCUUCCGUAUGGAAAUGCUCUCAGUUCUUUGUUGCCCAACAGCCAUGAUUUAAUAUAUGAUAAAAGCAGCUUCCCAAUCAUACACUUUUCCACAAAGUCUCUGAUGGUUCGCAAUCCUCUCACUGUUGAUCCUUCAAGUUUGAAUAAAAGUUCCAUCCUUGAUGGGGUGGUGGUGAAAGAUGCUGUCUCUUCAGGUGGCAGUGGAGAAGUUACACAUGAUAUGGGAUCACAGAGAAACAGUGGAGAGACAGAGAUUGAGUUUGCAUCUGAGGAUGAAGACUUGGACAAUCCUAUUGAGGUUGCAGUGGAUAAUGAUGGAGAUGAUGAUGAUUUUGUAGAAGAGGAUCUGGACAAUCCUAUUGAGCUGGUUGUAGACAGAAAUGUAAGUAAUUUCUCAUCUGGGAAUAGCAGUGGGAAUUCUACAUUCGAAAGCAUCAAACGUCAAGAAAGUAUUUCUGUCAUUGAAUUUGCCACUGAAGGCAAACAUGACUUUCCUCUUCUUGGUCAAAAUGGCAAAUCAAACCUUGAAUUUUUUACAGACAGUAAUCCGCCACAGAAAGAGUUGGGGCGCAUAAAAAUUGCUCUCUUGUCACCGUCAGUAGAACCAGAGGUAGUAACUUCAUCAACAAACAUCAGUUAUUCAAGAUCAAGUGGAAGUUCCUCUGUUGGUUCUGCUAUUCAGAAAAUUGGUUUUUCUUCGAAAAAUAAUUCUGCAAGGAUGGAUAAGCCUGGCAGGAAAAAGAUGAGGUGUGAGAUGCCUCCAAAAUCAAUAACAUUGAUAGAUGAGAUGAACCGCAUAUUAGUGCGACAUCGUCGGUCCUCACGUUCAAUGAGACCAAGAUGGUCUUCCCAUCAUGAUCAGGAGAUUUUGGCUGCAAAGUCACAGAUAGAGAAUGCUCCUGUUCCAGUGAAUGAUCGAGAUCUUUAUGCUCCCCUCUUUCGAAAUGUUUCCAAGUUUAAAAGGAGUUAUGAACUCAUGGAACGCAUUCUCAAAGUCUACAUCUACAAGGAUGGAAAGAAACCCAUCUUUCAUCUACCAAUAUUGAAGGGAUUGUAUGCCUCAGAGGGGUGGUUUAUGAAACUGAUGCAGGGAAGCAAGCAUUUUAUUGUGAAAGACCCUCGAAAGGCUCACCUAUUUUAUAUGCCAUUCAGUUCUCGAAUGCUGGAAUACACACUCUACGUGCGUAACUCCCAUAAUAGGACAAAUCUGCGCCAAUAUUUGAAGGAGUACUCUGAGAAAAUUGCAGCAAAAUAUCCUUACUGGAACAGAACUGGUGGAGCAGAUCAUUUUCUUGUAGCUUGCCAUGAUUGGGAUAAUGUUGGGAGAUGAGGACGUAAAUCAUGAUAAUGAGAGUCCCUAGGGAACAAUCCCAAUGGCUCCAUACGAAACAAGGCACCAUAUGGAGCAUUGCAUCAAAGCCCUAUGCAAUGCUGACGUCACGGCAGGCUUCAAAAUAGGCAGGGAUGUGUCUCUUCCUGAAACAUAUGUCAGAUCCGCCAGAAAUCCUCUCCGG